UAUUGAAUACGUACGUAUUUGGUCUCAAACAAAGGUGGUAAUAUUGUUUUUCCUCCAUGAAUUGGUGUCAAUCCUUGUCUUCGUGUCGCAUUAUUACUAAUUCACACCAUUAAAGAUUAGAUUAAAGCAGAAGCACACUUUGACGAAAAGUGAGUCAAAUCAGACAUUGACUCCUUCCUUCGUGCUCAUCAUCCAUAUUCGACGAGUGCAUUAGUAAUCGCGUUUCUUUGCCAUGAUGAGGCAAUUUCCUUUCUGUUUAAACAAAGUGCAUGGCAUAAUGUAGCACUAUAUUUAUGAAUUUGAAAUAAAGUGGACUUUUCUGGAGCGAGUUGCAUACGUUUUUUUUCUUACUUGUUGUUCUUCCGCGAUGAUGGAAGGUCUUAUCAAAUUUCUCUGUGGGUUAAUAUUCUCCAAGUAAAAAAAAUAGCGAUGCAAAUAACGAUACUAUUUCGGGUCGUCGCAGUUGCCGUAUUUCUGCACACUUUUACGGCGAGUGAAAUUUUGGUGACCGGAAUUUUAAACCGACAGAGUGGAAGUUGUGCACAGGAUGAUGAUUGCAGCUCACGGGAAACAUUUUUGUACUGCAUAAAUCGACAGUGUCAAUGUCUUCAAGGUGGGUCGUCCUACGUUCACGGGGUUUUGCUCCAGUUUAACAUGGAAUGGGACCCUUAUCAAACGAAAUGUGUCAGCAAGCCGGGUUCUCCUUGUACAUUUAAGAAUCGAUGGUACUCUUCGUCAGAAACGGCCAAGUUGGAUUGUGUCCCUGAUUCAACCUGCAUUCCGCAUGCUUCUUCCUCCUCUGCAAAUGCGAAGCAGUAUCCGCAACAUGACUACCAUCAACAGCAGAGCAGAUUCCAACAACCAGAAAAUUCUAUGACCCCUGCAGAUUUCGGUGUUUGUUGGCAAAAUCGACAAGGAAGCGUUGAUUCAAAUGUGGAUAAAACCCCAUUUUAUCCGAUUUUGACUCCGAAUCAGCAACCUCAAUAUCAUCAACCUGGUCGACACGAGUUUGUGGGGCAUGGAAAUGGAUAUCCCAUAAGUCCGACAAAAGUGGAUAAUUCUGCAACGAAAUAUAGUAGCAGGAAUGGAUUAUUUGUAUUUUGCAUAAUUCUGGCAGGUUUAUGGGUUGCUUUUAAAAAAUAGAUUAUGGAGAAAAAAAUUUGAUAUUUAUUUAAUUGGGAUAAAACUGUUACACUUAAU